AUGGAAACCAGUACAGCGAGUUCAGAUGUGCACUAUUCUGAAGAAGUUUUAUUGGGCGAGUCUAGUACUAGUGAACAAUUGUCUAACGAGGAUGCAGUAUCUUUAUUUAAUAGUUCAUUGAGAAAAGCUUUGCAACAGCAGAAUGAGGUCAUUGUGAGUUCUAUUGUGAAGCAAAUUAACAGUAAACCUAAUAAUCCCGCCACGAAUACCGGGCACGAGGAUAGCGCACGGGAGGAUACUAAACAUAACUCAUUCGAUUUCAAACACGAGGGACAUCGCAUUCAGCAUACCUUUAAUACAGAGAGAAUAGAGAAGUUGAUUGAAACAAAAAACUUUAUAGAGAAGAAAGAUUUGGAGAAUGCGGCACUGACAAUUGAGAAAGAAAUCGGCGAGUUGCGACAACGAAACAAGAUUCUAAAAAUAGCAGACAGGCACGGGUGGGAUACUGUCAACGAAUAUUUAGACGAUCCAUUAGCAGACAACAAUGACGACGCUGUUAAGUUACGGGGCGCUGUUACCCGUGCUGUUCGUAAGCGUAAUUACAGAGGGAAGCCAUAUACAUAUCCCAUGCAAAACCGUAGACAGAAUGCAUUUGCUGCCAACGACUUUUUUCGCACUUUCGGCCAAACGUUUGCUACAGGGGGGUACAAGCAAUUCGCCAAACCAAUCGAAUACGGCGCAGGUCAACAGAACUUUGAACGGAAGUGCUUUUUCUGCAGACAGGUCGGACAUUACGUCAGGGACUGCCCAUUUGCCAGAGGACAACAAGUUCCAGUGUCAGCUUCCACGGUCGCAUCGGCCUCUAGCAACAACGCCAACAAGCAGUAGUAGAGAACAAAUUUUUAAUGAUACUUGGGCGGAAAUUAAAGACAUGUCAACGAAAGAGCAGUUUAAAUCGGCAGAUUCCUCAAUAUUCCACAUCAUGAAAAGUGCAAAAAGUAAAAACACAGUCAAGCAGUAUGAAACGUAUUUCAAGAAAUUUACGCAGUGGUGUAUUUCCAAAGAUGUCGCAAGUUUUCCCGCAAAAUCUAGUGUGAUUGCCAUUUUCUUAAGUGGAUUAAUUCAACAAGGAGUUUCUGAAGCAGUUCUGUGUUCAUUUUUCUAUAGUAUAAAGUGGUAUCAUGAUCUUCAUUGUGCGUUUUCUAAUCCUUGUGACGACAGUGUUAUUCAUAGUUUAAUGGAGGGGGGAAACGAAUUUUAUCAAAGCCCAUAAAGAAGA